CCCCCCCCUACAGCUCCUCAGGGUCAGUCUCAGGAGAGCUCUCCGGCAGCGAGGAGCCCUAUCAGAGUAAAGAUCAGGACUUCAUGAAGAACCGUACGAGCGAUGAUCAUGAUCCACCUCUAGACUCACACUGAGAGCAGCACCAUGAUCGACCUGAGCUUCCUGACGGAGGAGGAGCAGGACGCCAUCCUGGCUGUGCUGAGACGAGACACCGAGCUGAAGAAGGCUGAGGAGCAGCGAGUGCUGAACCUCCAGAAGAUGGUGAAUGAUAGAGGCCAGCUGAGGUACAUGACUGGAGAAUGGUUCUACGAGAUCAAGCAGCUCCGUCACCAGGACCGCAUCCACGGCUCCGAGAUCAUCAGGGCCUCCAUGAGACACUCACAUAGACCGCUGACUAUAUUGGAACUCUCCCAUAUGGUGCCUGAGAAGCCCACUUUGGUCAGCAGGGAAAACCCUGAAAUGUCCGUCCCCCCUGUGCUCUGUGGGCUCCUCCAGGAGCCCCCCAUGCAGCCCAGCAGUGACAGAUGUGAGAACCAGAAGUCAUUUGAAACACCUAGACCACUUUUACAGUCACCCACAAAGCAAAGAAAAAAUCCAUUCAAUAGUGAGGUCAUUGCAUGUCACACUUUUGAAGAAAAAGACGGUCAGCUAUUGGUCGCAGCGGUGGAUGACACCCACACACUGAACCAGGAAUCUUCAUCAUCAUUUGAAAGCCGCUUUUCUUAUGCAAGUAGCGCUAAUGAUAGCCUGAUCACCCAGAAUGCAUCUGUUCUAAUGGCAAUGCCUGAACACAGAGCAUUCAGCAUCUGUUCUCAUGACUGUUCUGUUGAGAAGGACGGACCCUGGGCUCAGCAGAAUAACUCUGCUGCUCUGCGGGGCAUCCUCAAGCACCUGUCCCUUUGUAGCCCUGCAGACCCCCUGCUCUCCCCCCUGGACCUGAGUCCAGGGAGCCUGGACCCUCCUGCUGAGGCCUGGAUAGACAGGAAGCAGGUGAGGUUCAGCCCCACGGUCGGUCGUCACGACGUGGAGUGGCUCCAGGGGAAGGAGCUGGGAGAGCACAGUUUGCUGGACAUCGACUCCAACACUCCCUGUCACACAGAAAAUAAUAGUGACCUUGAGAAAAGUGGCGGUACCGCCGUUGGUCCGUGUAUGCCUUCUCUCUAUCAGAGUAGAGUGGAUUUACAGGAAGGUGAACUCAGUUGCAAAAAUGAGGCAAACCUUCAAAAGCAAGAAGCUGGCCAACAGGUCCUUGGUGAUGUCUCUGAGCAAAAUCAUUCAGAGUUUAUAAGCCCUGCCGUGACCACACUCAUUUCUGCUGGGCCUCCCUCUCAGGCCACAGACUGGCACCAUGGAUUCCACAAUCAUCCCCCAAAAAUGCCUGAACAAAAAACUGACAUUGCUGUUGAGGAGACCCAAGAUACCAAGCCGUCUACUGGCAGCUCAAAGGGCUCAUUUCAUUCUGUCUCACCAAAGCCUAGACAAAGACUGCUCGGAUUAUUUAGACGAGAGAAAGAGAAAACUGAUGAAGUACAGACAGGACAAAAAGAAGAGGCGAAGAUACCUCAGCAGAAGGAACAGUGCAGAACCAAGAACCUCUCUCCACGUGCUGCAGAUACGACUGUGGACGAACCUGCAAGUGUUAAACAAGAAGCUAAAGCUACAGAGACGACAGAGGUCAGAACACUACAACUUACAGCACUGCAGAACACACCCUUUAAAGAAUCAGUGCCCUCAGUAGAUGCAGACAAUCAGCGGGAGGCAGCAGAAGGCAGAUUUGUUGAGCUUCCAGAGAGACUGUAUAAUCUGAAAGCUUUCUGGGAGAGGGAAAACACUGGCUCGAAAGUAAUUAUACCUGGAGAAGAGGCAAAGUGCAAAGACAUCCCCAAUAAAGGAAUAGAUGAUGUAAUUGGCCAUAAGUCUAACAUUGAUGAGAAGAGCAUAAACAACAAUCUCUCAAAUCAAAUGGAAAUGACAGUUAAGGAUGCUGUCAGCACGUCCCCACAGACCAACUGUGGCUUAUCAGUAGAUUUAUCUAAAGAAGAUGGCACAUAUAGAGCAAACCCAGUCCUCAUCGAUGAAGAGACAGAUGACUCCCAAACAAGUUCACUAAUGGAGUCACAGAUUUCUGAGCCACAGAGAAACAUCAUCUCUCCUGUAAGCUUCAAAACCCAAAAGCAACAACCGGAUAUUCCAGUUCCUCUUCCCAGGCAGUCUAGUUCCAGUCCUCAAGAGGACAGACCAGCCAAGAGUAGUGAGGUUAAGGAUCUUUGGAAGAAGGAAUAUAAGGGACACAGGGUAGUCGCUGCAAGAGCCAAUAGUACUGUGGUUACACAGUCAACAUCUCACCAAUACCAAGAAAAGGAUGAAACAGAAUAUGAGGAAAGGCCUCUCAGUCCUAUCAAAUCCCAAAAUGAAAGAUCAAAAGACCAGGAUGAUGAGAUAAGGAAGACUCCAUCUAAGACCUGUCAUCCAAGGGUCCUACCAAGAGAGUCCUCCAUUCCUCAGAGAUCCAAACUGGGAGGCCCUCAGCUAACAACGUUCCCAAUAGACAUCGACCCCCAAGCUAAGGUGGUUGAAGAGCAACAUAAGAAGCCAACACCAGUUCCUAGACAGAAGAGUCCAUCACAUGAAGCGAAGCACACAGUGCCGACUGACUCUAAAUCCAGCAUAGAAGUCUCCUCUUGUCCUCUCCCUUUACCUCCUGAGGACGUCCACACACAACAAAGUAGUUUAAGUUCCUUUACUUCACCUCUAUCUAAAAAAGCUCCAGAGAAGAAGUUGGGUACGUUUACACGCCUGGCCAGAUCUUUCAUUCCUCAGGACUAUCAGCACUACCUGGGGCCUCAGGAGAAGGCCCAUGUCCCGCUCUUUAAGCAGGAGACCUCUGCUGAAGCAAAGAAUGAUGCGGGUCACAAACCACAGGAUGCCCUCACACACUUCAGUCCCACUGAAGGGAGUCCUCACAAAGUCAGUUCUUGGAGGGUGCAAAAUAAAGAAGAAAAUUCCAGCCAAAACACAGCGACCCGGGCCAGGUCUCUGUCCCGGGCCAGUCAAGGCAGUUAUGAUGACGCCUCUAGUCCCGUGAUCGCAGCCCUGAAGAGGUUAUCUUCAAGGAGCAUGUCAUCAUCUAAAAGUCUGGAAAACCUCAGCUCACAAACAAGUUGCUCACUCCCUCCAUCAGCCUCAACUCUGCCCAGCUCUGAGCAGAUGAGAGGCAGUGUGUCAGUGACUGCUCUUCAGAACCACCAGACAGACAGUGACACCUUUGAGACCAACUUUGGCUGGAGAAGAAACACAGGGAGCUCCACGUCUAACCUCAGCCUCUCCUCAGGAAUGGCCUCCAUGUCCUCUGUCGGCGGCAGCACCAGCAGCAUCUGCCCUGCAAACUUUGGAGACGUUGAAGUCCAGGGAAGCAUCCAGUUUGCUGUGAACUACAUCCAGAAGCUUGGAGAGUUCCACGUAUUUGUUGUGCACUGCAGGGACCUGGCCGUGGCGGACAGUAAGAAGAACAGCUCCGACCCGUAUGUGAAAUGUUAUCUUCUUCCUGAUAAAACAAAGUUAGGAAAGAGAAAAACUGCUGUUAAAAAUAAAACUUUGAACCCCACCUACAAUGAAAUCCUCAGGUACAAAAUCAUAAUGGGAGGGUUGAAAACUCAGAGUUUGAACAUCUCGGUGUGGCACAACAACACUUUUGGGCGGAACAGCUUCCUUGGUGAGGUGGACCUGGAUCUGUCAGAAUGGGACUUCAGCAACACACACAUAAAUGAAUAUGCACUUAAAGCCAGGGUCUCAGCACAAAGUCCAGCAUCUUCUCCUUGGCGGCAGGCGGACAGCAGGGGACAGAUGAGAGUGGCUCUCAGGUUCCUGCCGCAGACGUCUCACAGUAAGAGGACAUCGAGGAUGGAGACUGGUGAGGUGCAGAUUUGGGUGAAAGACUGCAAGAACCUUCCUCCGGUCAGAGGAGUUAUUAUUGACCCGUUUGUGAAAUGUACCGUGCUUCCUGACACGAGCCGAAAAAUCAGUCAAAAGACGCGUGUGGUGAAGCGGACGGCCAACCCCAUGUUUAACCACACCAUGGUGUACGACGGCUUCCGGCCGGAGUACCUCAGGGAGGCCUGCGUGGAGAUCACAGUGUGGGACCACGACCGCCUCAACAACCACCACAUCGGUGGUCUGAGGCUGGGGUUAGGCACAGGGAAGAGUUACGGGACGGAGGUGCUUUGGAUGGAUUCAACGCCAGAUGAAGCAGAUUUAUGGCAAAGGAUGUUACAAUCUGAUGGUGAAUGGGUGGAGGAUGUUUUACCUCUGAGGAAGUUGGUGAUGGCAAAAAGCAUGUGAAAGUGAGAUUGUAUAAAAUGUGUUGAUAAAUAUGAUGAAACGUUACGAGAGCACAGCAUGUGGAUGGAUCUACAACACUCUGUCUGAUGGGUAUCGUAUCUGUAUAACUGAUGAUCAUCGUGUGGUACUUUGGUAUUUAGAGCCAUAACUACGAGUUAAAUUUGUCAUUUAAAAAAUGUAAGUAAUUAUUUAGAAUACAUGUACAAAAUGGGAAGAGGAUACAGUCUAAAUGUUUAACUAUAUACAAAGUUAAAUUCUGAUAGAGCACUAAUGAUAUGUAAAUUAUCCUGUUGUUCAA